GUGAUGGUGAUGACGAGGUGAAAAUGGCGGAUCUUUCGAAAUACAAUCCCAGCCCCUGACAUACCAGAGACGGCGGCAGCGGCGGUGUCGCCACCCGGCUCCCUUCUCCGUCUCCGGGUACCCUGUAGCGCUCCAGUUUGGGCAAACUGAGAAAGGAAGCGGCUGGCCCGAGCUACCCAGCAAAGCAAAACAAGCAACGCCCGGGCUUGGAAUUGCCCGGGACCUUCUGGAGCCCCCACCUUGGAGCUGGAGGGAGGAGAAAGCGGCAGCCGCUGGAGUGCCUGAUCAACUUUCUAGCAGGAGAACGAUCAUGGAGGUGGUGCCAGCUGAGGUGAAUAGUUUGCUUCCAGAGGAGAUAAUGGACACUGGUAUAACGUUAGUGGAUGAUGAUAGUAUUGAGGCUGUUAUUGUUUCAUCCCCAAUUCCCAUGGAGACAGAACUGGAAGAAAUUGUCAACAUAAAUUCUACUGGUGACUCUACAGCCACGCCCAUUUCCACGGAACCAAUUACAGUGUACAGUAACCACACUAACCAAGUUGCAGUGAAUACCACAGUUACUAAAGCAGAUUCUAAUACCACAGUGAAACCAGCUUUUCCAAGUGGCCUUCAAAAACUUGGUGCUCAGACUCCUGUGACUAUAUCAGCCAAUCAGAUUAUUUUAAACAAAGUAUCACAGACAUCUGAUCUUAAACUUGGCAAUCAGACCCUUAAACCAGAUGGACAGAAGUUAAUUUUAACAACUUUGGGCAAGUCUGGUUCACCAAUUGUUUUAGCACUACCCCAUAGCCAACUACCCCAGGCUCAGAAAGUUACAACUCAGGCCCAGUCAGGAGACGCAAAGUUACCACCACAGCAAAUUAAAGUAGUUACCAUUGGAGGGAGGCCAGAGGUGAAACCUGUCAUUGGUGUCUCAGCAUUGACCCCAGGAAAUCAACUGAUUAAUACUACAACUCAGCCCUCUGUGGUACAGACCCAACAGUUAAAAACAGUACAGAUUGCUAAGAAGCCUCGAACACCAACCUCUGGUCCUGUAAUCACGAAGCUGAUCUUUGCAAAACCAAUUAAUAGUAAACCAGUUACAGGACAGACAACUCAAGUAUCACCACCAGUCAUUGCAGGUAGGGUUCUUUCACAGUCUACUCCUGGAACUCCAUCAAAGACUAUCACAAUAUCUGAAAGUGGUGUUAUUGGAUCAACUUUAAAUUCUACAACACAGACACCAAAUAAAAUAGCCAUCUCACCAUUGAAGUCACCAAAUAAGGCAGUGAAAUCAGCUGUGCAGACCAUCACUGUUGGAGGCGUGAGCACAUCACAAUUUAAGACAAUUAUUCCUCUGGCAACUGCUCCCAAUGUUCAGCAGAUUCAAGUGCCUGGAAGCAAGUUUCAUUAUGUCCGACUUGUUACUGCCACAACAGCCAGUAGCUCAACCCAACCAGUUAGUCAGAACCCCAGUACAAACACUCAGCCUCUCCAGCAAGCAAAGCCAGUGGUUGUUAAUGCAGCCCCAGUACGGAUGUCAGUUCCAAUUGUCCCAGCACAAACUGUCAAACAAGUUGUUCCAAAACCAAUCAAUCCAACAUCACAGAUAGUUACUACUAGCCAGCCUCAGCAACGGCUUAUCAUGCCUGCCACACCACUGCCACAAAUCCAGCCAAACCUCACUAACCUUCCACCAGGCACUGUCCUGGCACCAGCCCCAGGAACUGGAAAUGUAGGCUAUGCAGUACUUCCAGCUCAGUAUGUUACUCAGCUACAGCAGUCUUCAUAUGUAUCUAUAGCGAGCAACUCUAACUUUACUGGAACACCUGGUAUCCAGACCCAGGCAAGGCUUCCAUUCAAUGGCAUAAUCCCUUCGGAGUCUGCCAGUCGGCCCAGAAAGCCCUGCAAUUGUACAAAGUCGCUGUGUUUGAAAUUAUAUUGUGAUUGCUUUGCAAAUGGUGAAUUUUGCAACAACUGCAAUUGUACUAAUUGUUAUAACAAUUUGGAACAUGAAAAUGAAAGGCAAAAAGCAAUAAAGGCAUGUCUUGACAGAAAUCCAGAAGCCUUUAAGCCUAAAAUAGGCAAAGGAAAGGAAGGAGAAUCAGAUCGACGUCACAGUAAAGGAUGUAAUUGCAAACGAUCAGGAUGUCUUAAAAACUACUGUGAAUGCUAUGAGGCAAAGAUAAUGUGUUCCUCAAUAUGCAAAUGUAUUGGUUGUAAGAAUUUUGAAGAAAGCCCAGAAAGAAAGACUUUGAUGCACUUGGCAGACGCAGCCGAAGUCAGGGUCCAACAACAAACAGCAGCAAAGACUAAGCUAUCCUCUCAAAUUUCAGACCUGCUCACAAGGCCGACCCCAGCUUUGAACAGUGGAGGCGGGAAAUUGCCAUUUACGUUCGUAACCAAGGAAGUAGCUGAAGCCACGUGUAACUGCCUUCUCGCCCAGGCAGAACAGGCAGACAAGAAGGGAAAAUCAAAGGCAGCAGCUGAACGGAUGAUACUUGAGGAAUUUGGACGAUGUUUGAUGAGCGUCAUCAACUCUGCAGGAAAAGCAAAAAGUGACCCUUGUGCCAUGAAUUGCUAACUUUUACAGAAAACACAGAUGAAUGGAACUGUACAGAAAAUUUAAGGUGCAGAGACACUUGAUUUUCUGGAAGAUUAACAAUUACUGUAUUGUUAAUUCUGUCCUUAUUGUAAGAGACCUGGAAUUAUAAUAUUGAAAGAGAAGAAAUUUUAAGUAAGGAAUUAGUACAUUUUAACUCUUAUUUAACUCUGCUUAAGCCCCUUCUAAAUUGAGUUUUUCCUUAUUGUAUUAUAGAGAUUUUUAAUUUGCUUGGGUUUCCUGAGAAUUAGAUGUUCUAUCAUUCGAUUCUAUUGACAUAAAACAUUUAUAAAUUAUUAUGAUAUGAUUUAUAAUGUAUGCUGUUGUAUGACUUUGUUCUGCUAGAGGAAGUCAAAGAGCAUUGGU